AAAAACAGGGUUUUUUAUUACGGAAAUGGGAUUUACGUGAUAAAAGAUUUGGCUGCGGAGGGGCUGGGAGUUGGAGACAGGAGAUCCUCAUAGAGCUGCUCGGUGCUGGAGAUAUUCGCGGUUAUUAAUGGCAUUCAUAAAUCCUACUUAUUCCGAAGCCGUCGAGAGCCAACCUCGGGGGGAAAGUCCGUUCGUGUCGACUCACCAUUACCAGCCACCACCUCGGAUCCCUCUGGUGCCACCAGCACUGGAACCACUCGUAGAGGCCAGCGAAAUAAUAUUAGAGAAGAAAGAAUUCCAGACCAGAGGAGGGCAGCAUCUGUUUUCCAUGCGGCGUAACUUCCUAUGUUGUGGGCCACCUAUGAACAUCACGCUGGUGAACAUCUUCAACGCCGGCUCCGUCUCGAUGCAUCUGGUACCAGAAGGAAGAUGCUGUCCGUCAUACCCACUAUUGCAGGUUGAAGCCCCUCCGAAACAGCCCAUAGGAUACGUCAAGUGCUUUGGUAGCCUGGGCAUCCUGAACUUCUUCAUUUUGGAUGUCAACCAAGAGUGCAGAUUCACGUCGGUGGUGCCCACCUCUUUACAGCGAGAUAAACCCAUACAGAUACUGAGCGCGAAUGGGCAUCACACGGUAGUCCAGAUAAGGCGCGAGUUUGAAAACGGAACUACCAGGGUCGUCUUUGAAUUUCCCGCGGACAUGGACGCCAAGAUGAAAGCCGUCAUUCUGGGAGCUUUCCUGUUUGUGAGCUUUCGUCUUCGUGGCGUUUCCAGCUCAAAUUCUUAUACUCCUCCACCGGCCAUAGGGGAUUCUGGAGACUGGGCCUCCAGCUGGGGUGAUUGUAUUGAGGAUUUUGGCGGAGACGACGGCGGAGACUGCGGUGGGGAUGGAGGAGGAGACGGAGGUGAAUGAAAAUCACCGGACUCUAACUCUAAUUCAGACACAUUUUUUGGUCUUUUCGUCUUCGGAUGCCUUUUCGGUUGGGACCAAAUUCGGAGGGCUUUUUUUUUCUUCGGAAACAAAAUUAGUUG